UCCGCUGGGCUGUUUGGUGCUUUGACAUCUUGUCUCCAUGGCAGUGCUCAGCUGGCAGGGCUGAUCAGGGAGGCCUAUUCAUUAACUCGGAGCCCGGGCCAGCGCGGCCAUGCCGGUGCCGCGGUGGACUGAGCAGCUGCUGGGGCAGGCAGCGAGCAGGCAAAAUGGAUCUCACUCUCCUCUUGGCAGCAGUCCUGGGGCUCCUUAUUGUCAAGGCUGUUUUGUUUCAGCUGAGAAACCCGAGCUGCCCUCCUUGCAUCAGGAGCUGGAUCCCUUGGUUUGGAGCCGCGUUUCAGUUCGGGAAAGCUCCUCUGGAGUUUAUAGAGCAAGCUAGGAACAAGUAUGGACCCGUGUUCACAAUAUUUGCUCUGGGAAAACGAUUUACUUUUGUGACUGAAGAAGAAGGAACUGAAGCAUUUUUUAAAUCUGAAGACUUAAACUUUGAACAGGCAGUACAACAAGCUGUCAAGAAUGCAGUUUCUGUCCCUGCAGAAGCAUUUUAUCAGAAUCACAGUAACCUGUACAGCAUGAUGAAGGGGAAAAUGAGUCCUUCCAAUCUGCACAUGUUCACGGGCACUUUGUGUAAGGAGCUGCAUGAGCACAUGGCUCAGCUGGGCAUGGAGGGCACAGGCGACCUCAAUGACCUGGUAAGGCAUGUCAUGUAUCCAGCAGUGGUGAACACCUUGUUUGGGAAAGGCAUCUGCCCGACAAGUCAGAGCAAAAUCAAGGAGUUUGAAGAACAUUUUCAGAAGUACGAUGAGGACUUUGAAUACGCUUCUCAGAUGCCUGAGUGCUUCCUGAGGAACUGGUCUAAAUCCAAAAAAUGGCUUCUAAAAUUAUUUGAGAAAGUAGUGUUGGAUGCUGAAAGGACCAACCCUUCAGACACCACAUCCAAGACACUACUGCAACAUCUUCUGGACAACUUGCAAGGAAAACAUUUAGCUCCCAAUUAUGGUCUCCUCAUGCUCUGGGCUGCCCAAGCAAAUGCUGUCCCCGUUGCAUUUUGGACCCUUGCUUUCAUACUGUCUCAUCCUUCCAUUUACAAGAAAGUCAUGGAAGACCUGGCUUCUGUUUUUGGCAAAGCAGGUAAAGAUAAACUGGAAGUCUCUGAAGAGGACCUGAAGAAGCUCCCUUUUAUUAAAUGGUGCACUUUGGAAGCCAUACGGCUGAGGUCUCCAGGUGCAAUCACCAAGAAAGUAAUAAACCCAAUUAAAAUUAAGAAUUUCACCAUCCCUGCAGGUGACAUGCUGAUGUUGUCGCCCUAUUGGUUGCACCGGAAUCCAAAAUAUUUUCCAGACCCAGAAACGUUCAAACCUGAUCGUUGGAAAGAGGCAAAUUUAGAGAAGAAUGCUUUCUUGGACAGCUUUGUGGCAUUUGGAGGAGGGAAGCAUCAGUGUCCAGGAAGGUGGUUUGCGAUCAUGGAAAUCCAGUUGUUUGUUAUUCUGUUCCUGUACAAGUAUGAAUUUGUGGCAUUGGAUGCAGUACCAAAGGAGAGCCCUUUACACUUGGUGGGGACACAGCAACCCAUGGCACCAUUCCGGGUCCAGUAUAAAUGCCGGGAAUAAAAGCUGCCCAGCACUAACCUUCCUUUGCCACCGCCCCCCCCGAUGGAUGAACCACUGAGCUGCUUCCCUAUCCUACACCUUCAGAUAAGUUUUCUACCUGAAGAGUUCUUAAUUUCAACUUUCAAUGCUGCACAUACUCAAUAUUCACAUAUUCAAUGCUGAACCGUGCUCUGCCAUACCAGAAUAGUCAUACCUGUGCUCUGCACCUGGUUGCCCAGGUCCUAGUGCUUAAAAUCCAAGCUCUCCUGCUGCAUUCAUACUUUGGAGGGCAGUUAUUCACCAAACAUUC